AUGGCGGAGGGCGCAGAGACUCCCGGGAAGGGCGCCGUGAGCGCGCAGGAGGAGGAGCGCCGGGGGCGGUCGACUCGCGGCCGGUACCCAGCACGGACCCUGUCCGUCUCAGUCCGCGAGAAGGAGACUGUCGACUUGGGCGCUCGCGACGAGAGCGACAGAGGGCCGCAGCAGCUGACCCCCAGCCACCAGAAAGGAGACACGGGAGACAGGAGAGACAGGAGAGACAACGGAGACGAGCCUGCAGAGACAGCGGAGGCUCUCGAGUGCCGCGGCUCCGGCGCGGGAGAGGAGAGGGAUGCGGGGUCUCCGCAGGUCUCGGACAGCGAGGAAGGACGGGCAUCUUUCUCGGUUGAGCCGCCGUCGCACGGUUCGAGUGAACGAGCAGAUGAGAAAGAAGGAGACUCCGCAGCGCACGAAGACGACGAGACCCGCAAAGCCCGGCGAGAGCGGAAGCGGGAGAGGCGGAGACAAGAGACGCUGGCGGCGGAGGCGUCGAUCGAACAAGACGGACCCAAGAGAUACGCGUUUCGCGAGAAGAGACAGAAGCGCGAGCGCUUCGAGGCGGACAUCUUUGCGAAAAAGUCGUACACCGCAGUCCCCACGGGAUACCAGUUGUCCGCGGAGAUUCCGCCCGACCAGGUGCAGGGCCUGCAGCUCUUUGUGUACCGGAAGAAGAGAAGGGCGCGCGCGGGGUCGGCGCGUCCCGGCGGAGACGCGGGCGCGAACGGCGAAACGCGCGGCCUGGAGCCCAGAGACCGCCUCGAGAGUGUCUCCGUGACGGGGACGGUGUCGGACGCGGGCGACGCCGAAGACGAGGCGGUCGCGGCGGGGGUCCGGGAGGGUGUUUCGCGCGCCGGCUCGGCGGAGGAGGCGUCGAGAGACAGGAGACACCAAAAGCCGACGCGAAACGGUCCCGGCCGCCCCCGCAUCCACCCGCCUUCAGCGAGCCUGCUGGGGCAUCGGGGCAUGGGGGAGGCAGCACGGAGGGCGGGGCUCGGCAUGGGGGCUCUGAGGAGUUCGCAGAAUCAGAAGGAAGAGAGAAGAGCUCCCGUCCAGGACUUGGAAGGACGCAGAGAAGAAGAAAGCGCCGUGGGCCUCGACGCCAACAGAGGCGGUCUCCCGAAGAAGAGGACGGAGGCGCUGAAGGCCGCCAGCGAGAAGAAGAAACUGCCGAGCGACGGCAGCCGCGGGUUCAAACGGACGGUCGUGGCGGGGGGGAAGAAACGAGAUGGAAGGAGGAAACCAUCGGACGGAGAAGACGAAGAUGAAGAAAGCGAGGUGGCCGUCAUCAGCGAAGACAACGCGAGGAAAAUCCGCGAGCAAUUCUUCCAAGACGCUGCAGCCGUUGAAGAGUACCUACCGUUCGGCCUGUAUUACGGAGACAGCCUCGCAAGCGACACAGCCCUUCUGGAGCGACAGGAAGACACGCGAAAGGAACGUUACUUGGAGGCCAAGAAGGCCUUUCAGCGAGAAAUGUUCCAGCGGCUCUUCUUGGCGUCUGUGAUGAGGGAAGAAGGAGUAAAGGCUGAGCGCGCGAGGAGAGAAAACGAAGGAGCCGGGGUCAUCGCCACCUCCGAGGCCUCCUCUGCGCGAGCCCCCGCCCGAGCAGCAGAGAGAACAGAAGACGCAGAGAGGGGAGAGGAAACAGGGAGGGGAGAAGAAGCAGAGAUAACAGAAGAAGCAGAGGUGAAUGAAGAAGCGGAGAAGGGGAAAGCAUCCCAGGAGGCGGAAGAGGACGGAAGAGGAGUGAAGGUGGAGGGCGGCGAGUGCGCAUCAUCGGCGGAGAGUCGACCUCGAGAAACGUCCGAGAGACAGGGUUGUCGGGAGCGCGAGAAGGCCCUAGAGAGAUCAAGCAGCGCGGCUGGUGAUGUCGGAGACAGCUCACCGUCUCUGACUCGCCGGCGAGAGAGGCGACAAUCUAGUGUUGCGUCUCCAGCCUCUUCGUCUGCAGCCCAGGAGGGCCUGGCCGAUGAACGGGUCUUCUCGGUGUCGGCGGCCUGCCCUCGCGCUGUGAAAACGGAGGAACCUGCGGGCGGCGCCGCACUCACAGAUGGCGAGGCGCGGGACUCAUCUGCUUUGAGAGGGAAAGCCGCGAGUCGGGAGGCUUCCGACGGGGCGGCCGCGAAAGACGACGAAGCGUCUCGAAUGGAGGACGAAGCGACAGUAGUUGAAGUGCCAGGCGGUAGAAGCGGUGAGACGCCUGACGGCACAGCGUCGCGAGAAGAAAGAGACGCGAACAAGGAGAACAAGGCCGCGCAGCACUUGUGGGAGUACGCCCUCCUGCCUUUCCCUGCACAAGCCCCGACGGCAGAAGGAUUCUUUUCAGAAAUCCUCGCUCGCGAAACUGUCAAAGAAGACACCGAAACUCGAAGGCAGGCAACCAAGUCGCUCCAGGCCUCGGCGGCAAGUCUCUUGCAGGCGGCGGCGCGUCUCGCGGAGUCGAGGCCGUUCAUGAACAGCCUGGCUGCCUCCUUCUCUUCCUCGGGUCCGAGGUGGAGAGAAGAAGAGAAGGAAGACGCGAAGAGCGAGGAGCAGGAGAAAGAGAAGAAAGAGAAGCGCGAAGAGGAGCGAACGAAGGAAAGAGACAGGGGAGAGAAGGAAGAGAGCGGAGAACAGAAAACGCGCGCGUGUUCGAGAGAAGGUUUGAGAGUGGGCUCUCUCUUGUCUCCUCUGGAGGGGCGGGAGGCCUCGCGAGGCCCGGCGCCUGUGGGCCUCUUUGGGGCGGUGCAGGAAGACGCGAAGAAACUGAAGCCGGCAUUUUCGGCAGUGACAUCUUCUCUGUCGCGCCUGCUUCGAGUUCUCCCGCCCUCUGUGUUGCACGACAGCCUGCCGCCACGCAUGCGUCUCUCCUCCGGUGCCCUCGCCGCGCUCGCCAAGGAAGAGCGCGCAGGCAGAGGAGAAGAGCCGCAGACGAAGAGGGAGGAGGCGCAGGUCGCGCGUGGCGGCUCCGAGUCUUCGAAGGACGCGGAAGCGACAGAAGGAGACACCCAGAGAGAGGGCGAGAAAAGUCGUUGGGAGAGUCGGUCCCCUGGCCACCUCAGUUCAACGCCCGCGGCCUCGACUUUUGCGGUGGGUACUGCGGAAAAGGAGACCCGGACUCGCGAGGAGACAAAUGCCGAGGAGCCUGACGUUGCGCCGCCGCACCGGGGACGGCCAGGGAGCGCGCUGUCGGAGAAGCGGCUCUUCUUCGACUCAAACACCUUCGCGCAUGUGCCUCUCAGACAGCUCAGGUGCUGGGCCGCGCCGCCGGGCCUCCGGCCAGCUCGGCCUGUCUCCUGGCGCCGCGUCAGGGCCCUUCUGCGGGCUGCUGGGGCUCGACGGCUCGCGCGACUCCAAGCGGAGAGUCAGCGGCAGGGUGUGUUCUACGCGCCCGCGUCGGGCGAUUGGGAGGCGCUCAGCGUGAUUCAUCCCGUCGUCUCCUGGGAGGGGAACGAGGGACUCGAGGGCCUCAGACAUCCGGGCCUGCUCUUCGCUGAGGAGGGCGAGGAGACAGACUCCUGCGACUGCUCCGAUGACGAAGGCGUGGCGACAGCGGGGUCGGGCUGUACGAAGAAGAACAAGGACUCUGGGAGCCUUGCGGCGGAACUUCAGGCAGAUGCGCCGCGCGCGUCGCCGCCUGCGGGGGCCUCGUCGGGGCGCGGGGUCUCCUGGCGGGGCCUUGUCCUAGCCGAGGCGACCGGGAGUGCUGUCGGGUCCGCGCCGGAGCCCGGCGGCUCUUCUUCGGGCUCCAGCGGGGCUGCGCCUGCGGCUGGCGCGUCGCAUGCAAAGGCUGCAGUUCCUGCCUUGCCGGCGUCGCUCCCCGCCGCCGUUUGCCAGCCGUUCCUCGCGGCGCGCGCGACUCUCCAGGCCCGCCAGGAGGAGAAGCGCAUGGGCCUCCCUCCGCCGCUGCCGGUGCGACCUCACUGUCUCUCCGCGGACCUCGCGGCGGUUGCGAAGGCCCUUUGGAGCCCAACGGGCGGUUGCCACGUGGUCGGCUCGGCUGACCGGCACUGGCAGCGCGUCGAUCGGGUUCUGAACGCCUUUCACUUGUCGCAGGUCGCCCAGACCAAGGGAACGGCAAAGCCAGGGGAGACAGAGGAGAAGGGCGAGGACCGGCGCGAGACGAAGCCGGAGACCCUGCCUGCAUUCGACGCCAGCCUGUUGCCGGCGAACUUCAAAAACCUCUUGGAGCCUGUCCACUUCUUCCCUGCCGAGCAGGACCUCGAAGCCCAGGCGCGCCUCCUCGAGCAGGCCCGCGCGCUCGCCCGGGCCAACUCGCCCUCGCAGGGCGCCGCGACCGCGAAGGGCCCGAAGGCGGCUGGGUCCCGUGGGCCGGGAGACCCGCUGGGGUCGCCAACUGGCGGGGGCGACAGUUCCGGGAAGGCCAGCUCAAAGAAGCGACCUGGGCUCGACCCAUUCGGACCAGCGCUGAGUGAGGAGGAGCGGAAGGGCGAGCAGCGAUCCGCGGCUGGCCCGGGGGCCAGGGACGGCGCGGGAGAUGUCGAGGGGGCGCGGAAGGACAGCCAGGGCGGGUCUCAGGGCGGCGAGAAGAGCGGGUUGACGUGCUCAGCCGCGAGCCUCAAGAAACUGCAGACCGACGCGGCAAACAAUCCCGAAGUAGAGGCAGACAUUCGCCAGCUGCUCUUGUGGCGGUGGCGGAAGGAGAGCGCGUCGCCGGUGCUCUUCGGUCCCGGCGCGACCGCGCUCGAGCCCCAGGGCCCAGGGGACGAAGAGACGCCUCGCCCGGACACGGCGACGGAGAAGCCCGAGAGCGAGGAGGAGCGCGAGAACGGAGACGCGCGGGCCGAGGCCUGCGCAAAGACCCACGGGAAUGUGGAGGGCGGAAAGAAGCGCCUCUUGGCUGACGCGGAGAGAAAGGAAGAUCGAGACGGCCUGCGCGAAGAGGAGAGUGGAAAGAGAAGACGAAACGAAGAAGAACGCGGAAAGGAAGGGAAGCGUCUCUCGACCUCGGCGCGAGCGAGCGCGGGGCGACCUGGCGCCGACUGCGGCGCGCACGAUGGCGAUGAGACGCCCACAAGUCUGUCUGCAGCGACGACUGCCGCGCCGGGCUCGACUGUGGGGUCCGCGUCGGCGGAGGAGGGUGAGAAGGCCUUCGGAAGAGACAAGCCCGCAGGGACGGGACAGGGCGACUCCGGAGCGCGGCCGCGGAGAAGCGCGGCGCGCACUCGCCUCGCGGAAGUGUUGACGGCUGUCAAAGGGGGUAGCGGGCCAGGGAGUGGCGAGUCUGGUCCAGGAGGCACUCCGUCGGGGCCCGGGGCGUCGUCUGCGCCGUUUAGUGUUUCUUCUGCGUCGCAGCCUUUUGGAGCGCCUGCGUCUCCCGCGGAGGCGCUGGGGAGUUCGGGCUCCGCGUCGCCUGGAGCCUUGGGCGCCACGGGCGAGGGCGCGGUCGCAGUCGCGGUCGCCGCGCCGGGGACACCGCCGCUGAAGUGUCUCCUGCGUCUCCUGCGGCACUACCCGCUGAGCGUUCUCGCCCAGCGGCUCGGCGUGCACAGAAGCACAGUUGCGCGUUGGGCCAAGAUGUGGACGAGACAGCAAAUAGAGGAAGAGGGCGAGGAGGAUGGAGACGAGCUCGAGGGCCCGGUGGCGUCCUCCGCCUCCUCAGUGAGGGGUCUCGACGCGUGACGGAAAAGACAGUGCACAGGCGACAACUUUUGCGUGGUUGAGAGGAGCGACGGGUGGCAAGUUGAAGGAGGAGGUUUCGUGUGUUUGUUGCCACCAGUGUCAUGCCGUGUGGGGUUAAAGGAAGGAGAAAGAAAGCCUCUUUCUUUCUGUGAGCGACUGGGGAGAGACGCUUUGCAUGCGUAGGGUCGAAGAAGUGAGAGGCGAGGCGGAGAGAAGAGUCACCGGAAGCAAGUCGUUUCGUGAAAGACGAGUGAACGAAAGAGGGAUUCGUCGCGUUGGAGCCGAGCGCAUACAGGGGCAGUUUGUGUGGACCCGUUGAAAGAGAGGAAUCGACGAAAAAAAAGGAAACGAAGGAGACACUGGAGAAGAUUAAGGUUGUGGGUCACGCACUCUGAGGAGGAGAGCAAACGGCGCUACUGGAAGGGGGGGAGAGGGUGGGGGCAAACCAAUGAAAAAACGCGACCCUGGAAAGCGGAGAGAGACCGCGUCUUCUCGGAGGCUUUGCAGGUCUGUGUUCCGCUUUUUCUGAUCUGUGCCUCAAGCGACUGCGGAAGAGAGGCAAGUGCGGCGUGUGCUUUCGGCGUGGAAAAAGUCGACCUAAAGACGGAGACACACACAGGCGAAACCUGGGCAAGAUGCGACAGAUAGGCUUCCCAAAACAGCGCGAGAAAACAAAGCAGAGGGGCUUCUCCUUGACGCGCACCCUUCCCUGUCGCUCCUUUGCUGUCGAGUGUACGGACACUGCGCAUCUCAGUCGCUGCGGCUGUCCAGCCCCCAGGGGCGGCUCUGUGCUGUACAGACAGCGUGUGCAGAACGCAGCUUUCCGCUGCUGGCUUGGGAGCGGGCUCUCUCUGAAACAGCAAGUUCGGUCGCAGCACUUCUUCCGGGGACGUUUUCGAGUUCGACGUGGACGAAGACGGGUGGCGUGUCUGAUACAGUGUAUGUACACCCAAGCCGAGUGUGAAGUUGGCGCGCGGCGCCGUCGAAGUGGAUGUUUUGUGUCGCUACGUUUUUUCUCGCUUUUCGCUUUUCUCAGAGCUCUCGUUCUCGUCGUCUGUUUCGUUUCCCUGCUUUUUUCUUCAACUGCUUUUCUCGUCUGCGUACAGCACGCCGCGUGUAGGGGAACGCGUUUCGCGCUUUGUUG